CAUUUAUAUGAAGCAAAACGAUGAAUUAUUUAUAUACUUCGUAUAAUAUAAAUAUAGAAAAUACUAGUAUAUAUUUUACAGUAUUGGAACAAUCUUAUCACGGGCAAGGUCUGGGGUAACACCCUAGCUAAGAGUGAUUUAUUAUUGAUUACUCCUAGUUAAUACUCCCUCAAUAUUUUAAUGUUCACUACAUGAGGUUGGACACAUUAUUUAAGGAGUAAAGGAGUAGGGGUAGUGAAUAAUGUACAAUAAGUAGGAGAAAUUGUGUAAAAGUAUGAAAGAAAAGAUAAAAAGUAGAUAAAAUAAAGAUAGUUGAGUAUUUUAGGGAAAAUGUGCAAAUAAACCCUCAAACUAACACAAAAAAUGCAAAUCACCCCUUUUAUAGAAGCUUCUAUCUUACCGUCGUCAUUUGGGGUGCUUACCGGUGAAUUUUUUUGAUGAUUUUUUUAUCAUCUUCUUCAUUAAGUCUAGUUUACCUAUACCAAAUUUUAGGUACAAAUUCAACCGGGAAGACAGUCAAAUGAUUUUCUGAAAUAUACUACGUUGUUUAAGUGCGCAAUUAUCUUCAAACAUUUAUCUGACUCCCUUCACAAUUGAAUGCUUAACUGAAAUUUGAUAUGGGUAAACUAAACUUAAUAAAGAAGAUGGUCAAAAAAAUUCGUCAAAAAAUUCCACCGGGAACUGCCUCAAAUGGCGACGGCCGGAUAGAGAUUAAAAGGGUUAAUUUGCACUUUUCCGGUUAGUUCGAUGACUUAUUUGCCUUCUUUUCCCAGUAUUUUACGAGGAGUAAGCUUACCAAAAAUGAAAGCCUAAAAAACUUUUAAAUGGCAAGGAAGAGUAGUUAAGAGUGAUUUAUUAUUGAUUAAUCCCAUCAAAGCCGAAUAAACUCGAAAAAACUUGGAAAAAUGAAAGUUGUAGUUUCCCCGGUAGAAGCGGUUGAGGCGACCCAUUGCCAGCAUCAUUAAGGUGCGUCAGUCUCACGAAUCACUUUCGGUUUAUUAAUAUUCACUUAUCAUACUCAGCUCCGCCCCCAACUGUGAGACUGAUCACAUUUUUCUGUUCUUCACUUUAGGAGUUUUGACUUGCAUAAAAAUGGAUCUUCCAGGAGCAUUAAAAUCCAAUUGUACCGGAAAAUUGCGUUUUAUGGUGUUGAAAAGCUCGAUUAUUGAGAAACCCAUUGUUUCUGGGUACCUGAAGAACAUGGUCGUGGCUACUGGUUUACUUUCCGUGUCAUCAUAUCGGGUCGAGAGUUCGGAGAUUUUCCGUAUCAAAUUGCCAACAGGCGGUGCCUUCUCGCCAUCCGGGUUCUCGAGAUCGUUUGUUAUCAGAGCGACGGGUAAGCAUGACAAUUCAUUUGCAGAAGAUAAUGGUUCUAAUGAAAGCAAUCCUUUUUCCGAAAAGAACACCAAUCGUGAUGGUGGCCAGAAUUCCUAUCACAAGUCCAUUGAUUGGAGAGAUUUUAGAGCUUCUCUUUAUAUUCAGGAGCAGGCUGCAAUUGCCGUCUCUGACCCUCAAAAGCGCGAUGGAACUGCAUUUGGCUUUAAAUCUCUUCCUCCAAAGUGGGCACACCCCAUUGCAGCCCCUGAGAAUGGCUGCCUCCUUGUUUCUACCGAAAAGCUUGAUAGCGUCCGCAGCUUUGAGAGAACAGUAGUUCUUCUUCUGAGAACUGGAACUAAUCGUCCCCAAGAGGGGCCCUUUGGUCUGGUCAUAAAUCGCCCACUUGGAAAAAAGAUGAAACACAUGAAGCCCACAAAUCUUGACUUGGCAACCACUUUUUCUGACUGCUCCUUGCAUUUUGGCGGGCCUCUUGAUGCAAGUAUGAUCUUGUUAAAAGAAGAAGGAAACUCAGAGCGUAUUCAUGGAUUUAAUGAGGUGAUUCCCGGUGUGUCAUUUGGUUCUCGGAACAGUCUGGAAGAAGCAUCUGCUCUAGUAAAGAAAGGGGAGCUUAAACCUCAAAAUUUUAGAUUCUUCUUAGGGUAUGCAGGGUGGCAGUUAGACCAAUUGAUGGAAGAGCUUGAAUUGGGUUAUUGGUGUGUUGCUGCAUGUAGUGCAAAUUUGAUAUUUGGGAGUUCUCCUUCUGAGAGUUUGUGGGAAGAGAUUUUACAGUUGAUGGGUGGCGAUUACUCUGAGAUAAGUCGCAAGCCUAGGAAAGACAUUUGAGGGUCCAGUCAGUAGUGGGGUUAGACUUUUUUCUAUUAUUGAUACUAAUAAUAAUAAUAAUUAAUAACUUCGUGGGGUUAGAAUUUUUUUAAUAACUUCGUUUUGAAGUGCAAUGUACAUAAUGCUAACAUCUGUCUCUAAAUAAGGUUAAUAGUGCACCCCUGUUUGUUCC